GUGUCAGGCUCCAGGCAAGAAUCUAGACGCAAGCUUCUGUCUUGGGGAGAGCCGUGGGACUGAUUCGGGUCUGUCCAGAGCGCGAUGCGGUGACGCCUCUAAAGAAUCAUGGCAGCGGCUGACGAUUUGGCCUUCCACGAGUUCAAGGAAGCCACAAAUCUUCUGGCCGAGACCCCAGAUGCAGCCACCACGAGCCAAAGUGAUGAGCUGACCUCACGGGAGCACGUGGCUGUGGUUGUGGGAUCAAGUAUUGGCUAUGGAGCCGAAGAGGUGGAGGAAGGUGACAAGACACUGCUUCUACAGGAAGAAAAGCCAGAGCCUAGAUUCUGGACAUUUGACUACUAUCAGAGCUUUUUUGAUGUGGAUACCUCCCAGGUUUUAGACCGGAUCAAAGGCUCGCUGCUGCCCCACCCUGGCCACAACUUUGUGCGGCACCAUCUUAGAAACCGGCCUGACCUAUAUGGCCCCUUCUGGAUCUGUGCUACUCUGGCCUUUGUCCUGGCAGUUACUGGCAACCUCACAUUGGUGCUUGCACAAAGACGGGAUCCCUCCAUCCACUACAGCCCUCAGUUCCACAGGGUGACAGCAGCAGGAAUCACCAUCUACUGCUACGCAUGGCUAGUGCCGCUGGCACUAUGGGGCUUCCUCCGGUGGCGCCAGGGCAUGAGGGAGCGCAUGGGGCUGUACUCCUUCCUGGAGACUGUUUGUGUCUAUGGCUACUCACUCUUUGUUUUCAUCCCCACUGUGGUCCUGUGGCUUAUCCCAGUGCAGUGGCUGCAGUGGCUCUUUGGAGCACUGGCCCUAGCCCUGUCAGCUGCUGGACUGGUAUUCACACUGUGGCCUAUUGUCAGAGAGGACACAAAGCUGGUGGCUGCGGCACUGCUGUCGAUUGUGGUGCUGCUUCACACCCUCUUGGCUCUAGGCUGUAAGCUGUACUUCUUCCAGCCACUGCCUCUUCUGGACCAUGGGGUGCCAGCAUCCCAAGCCACACCUCUGUCUUCCAGUGUUCUGCUAUCUACCCCGGCCCGGUCCAUGACAACCUUCUAGGAAGGCCAGGCCCACAGACAACUGAGUACAUGAAGAAUGAAGAGGAAAGCUCAAGAGGGUGGCUGGCAGUGACAGAGAGAUGGCUCAGUGGUUAAAAGUACUGGGUACUCUAUUCCAGAGGACCCAGGUUCAAGUCCUAUCACCCAUGUAGCAGUUCACAGCUUCUGUAACUCCAGUUCCAGGGGAACUUUUGACCUUCCUGGGCUCUAGGCACAACAUGGUACAGGCAAAACAACUAUAUGAAUGAAUGAAUGAAUGAAUAAAUAAAUUUACUUAUUUUCAAA